CCGAAUCAAAACAAGCCCGAGACCCGCCUUUUCCCUCAGGCUCCCGAGCGUCUCGCUCCGCUCGCGGGCCCGUUGCGCUCGCGCGGCUGCGAGCCUCGGGUGGCCGCGCGUGGCCGCCCGCGCCGGCUCCUGGAAACCGGGGAGGGCGCGGCGGCCAGGAUGGCGCGGCUCGGGCCGCACGGCGGGGCGGGUGCCUGAGGAGAGCGGCCGGCCCCGCGCUCUCCACAGCCGCCCGGGCGCCGCGGGGAGCAGCCUCCGUGGGUGCCGGGCACCAGGACCCCCUCGAGCGGGCCGGGGAGAUGCCCAACCCCAAGAACAGCAAAGGCGGCCGCAAAAACAAGCGCGCCAAUAGCAGCGGGGACGAGCAGGAAAAUGGAGCCGUGGCCUUGGCGGCGGGUGCGACAGGCGCGGCGGCCGGAGGGGCCCUGGCGGCGGCGGCGGGCUGCGGGGCGGUGUCACCGGGCGCGGUGGGCACCGGCGGCGCGGCGGGCCCGGGAGGUGCGGGCGCGGGCGCCGCCAACGCCGCCAGCGCUGCGGGGGCUGCAGGCGCGGGAGACGCCAAGAACGAAGCUCCUUGUGCCACGCCCCUGAUCUGCAGCUUUGGGAGGCCAGUGGACCUGGAAAAGGAUGACUACCAGAAGGUGGUGUGCAACAACGAGCACUGCCCGUGCAGCACCUGGAUGCACCUGCAGUGCUUCUAUGAGUGGGAGAGCAGCAUCCUGGUGCAGUUCAACUGCAUUGGCAGGGCCCGCAGCUGGAACGAGAAGCAGUGCCGCCAGAACAUGUGGACCAAGAAGGGCUACGACCUGGCUUUCCGCUUCUGCUCCUGCCGCUGUGGGCAGGGCCACUUAAAAAAGGACACAGACUGGUACCAGGUAAAGCGGAUGCAAGAUGAAAAAAAGAAGAAGUCUGGGUCAGAGAAGAACUCAGCAAGGCCUCCAGGGGAGGCUGGGGAAGAGGCGAAAAAAUGCAGGCCCUUGAACAAGUCCCAGAAAGGCCUGAACCAUGACCUUCCCCGGCGGCAUUCCAUGGACAGGCAGAACUCCCAGGAAAAGACAGUUAAUGCUGCAGCCUAUGGGGCCCGCUCCCCCUGUGGCUCCCCUGGCCAGUCCCCACCCUCUGGUUACUCUAUCCUCUCCCCAGCCCACUUUAGUGGUCCCCGCUCCUCCAGAUACCUUGGGGAAUUCUUAAAGAAUGCCAUUCAUCUUGAGCCUCACAAAAAGGCCAUGCCUGGGGGCCAUGUGUUCAGAAAUGCCCACUUUGAUUACAGUUCGGCUGGGCUGUCUGUGCACAGGGGAGGACACUUUGAUACCCCUGUACAGUUCCUGCGGCGAUUGGACCUCUCUGAACUCCUCGCUCACAUCCCCAGGCAUAAGCUGAACACUUUCCAUGUUCGAAUGGAAGACGACGCCCAAGUGGGCCAAGGCGAGGAUCUACGGAAGUUCAUUCUUGCAGCCCUCAGUGCCAGCCACAGAAAUGUUGUAAACUGCGCUUUGUGCCACCGGGCACUUCCUGUGUUUGAACAGUUCCCACUAGUGGAUGGAACUCUGUUCUUAAGCCCCUCAAGACAUGAUGAGAUUGAAUAUGAUGUUCCUUGUCACCUUCAAGGGAGACUCAUGCAUCUGUAUGCAGUGUGUGUGGACUGUCUGGAAGGGGUUCACAAGAUCAUCUGCAUCAAGUGCAAGUCCCGGUGGGAUGGCAGCUGGCACCAGCUGGGCACCAUGUACACCUACGACAUCCUGGCUGCCUCUCCCUGCUGUCAGGCCCGUCUGAACUGCAAGCACUGUGGCAAGCCUGUGAUCGACGUACGGAUCGGAAUGCAGUACUUCUCUGAGUACAGCAAUGUCCAGCAGUGUCCACACUGUGGAAACCUGGACUACCAUUUUGUGAAGCCAUUCUCCUCCUUCAAAGUUCUUGAAGCUUAUUGAUGAAAGCUUUGCUUUAGUAAUAGCUAUUUUAUUGAUAUUAUUACUUUACUACAUAUCUUUUAUAGGGGAGCAUUCUGUGACAUUAAUUUCUUUUCUAAUUUAAAACAGAGUUUACUUUGUAUAUUUGUGCCACUAAAAUGAGGGCUGCCCCUUGCCCUUUCUUAAUUCCCAAAUGUUGGUGUGUGGUUAAGACUGGAGUGCAAAUGGGAAAUUGGACUGAUUUUGGUUGGUAGGGUUUCAGUCUCGUGCAGAAUCUCUGAUGCAGUACUGGGGUAGUAGGAAGGAUGGGUGCCAUUUAGGUGUGGGAUUCUGUGGUGAAGCUAAAGGUGUGGUAGGAGUUGGGAGGAAGCUUUUUCUAAUGUUAGCUCUCUUGAGAGACCCACUGUUAAAUGUUUGGGCCUUGGGAAAAAUAAGUGACAAAUGAAUGUAAGUCUAAACCUGGAGAGCCAGUACUGCAUUAGGCUACCUGGACUCUGUUCUUCUGUUCAGGGUGAGGUCAGCUUACUCCCACUGAUAGGUGAUUUGAGAAUAGUUCUGAGUGCUUUCUUUGUCAGUUUGUAUAAUUUAACAGUUUUCAUACCGGAAAUAAUAGCCAAAUUAUCUGACACUUGAAAACUGUUGCUGUUGUAAAUGUUUUAGGUGAGCUGAAUAUAACAGGUCUUGUGAAGUGAAAUUGGAAACGAUGAAUACUGAAUCAAGAGGGCAGAAAGCAGAACGUGGUUAUUUGGAUCGUGUCUCUAGAACCUACAGAAAAUUUGCACAUGCUGUAGGUUUGGUGGCCAUCGUUUACAGAUUGCAUUGCUGAAGCAGUUGCUUGGUAUCCAGAUCUUCUGAGGCAAACCUCUUAACCUAACUGCUGUGCUCCAGAACCAGUCAUGGUACACUUCUCAUUGUAUCUACUGCCACAUUAGCCCACUUAAUACUGAGUUCCCCAAAUCAGAGUUGACCUAGGAAGGAAGGGGAAAUUGGUUAGAAUGAUGAAGAACAGUUUUUAUUCUUUUGAAAGUAUGUUUCAUUUUGGUAGCAGUAAUGCAAAGAGCAUAUCUGAAAAUAGAUCAUCCUAAAGAUUUCCAUGAUGCCUCACUGUUUCUUAAAAAAAAAAAGUUGCAUACAGAACACCAGGUAUUCCAAAGUUCACUAGGACUUGGAUACUUGAAUGUGCUGAAGAUAUCCCUUAUAGAAUUAGAAUUAGAGAAUUGCUUCUCAUGAAGGAAUUUGGUAAUUUCAAGUAUGAUACAGAAAUAUACAUUAAAAGACUACUAAAAAUAACUGUUUUAUGAAUAGGCAAAUUUGGGGUUCAUGUAAAUAUUUUAUAUCACUUGGUUUAUGCCAUCCUAGGGGGCUUUUCUUUUCAUAAUUGUCUAAACAUUAUUGCCAAUGAGUUUUACGUUCUACAGAAGUCUUGGUGUUUAAUUUGAAACAACAGCAUUUAAGAACCUAUGCUAAACUAAAACUUUUGUCAGUUGGUUUGUUACUUCUGGUUUUGUGUUUGAUGAUCUGAAAAGUUUCAUAAUCUGCAAGAAAUGCUGAAGUUGCAUAGGACAAACAAUAAUCAUUAUUGAUCAGAUGGUGUUUAAUACAACUACGUUAGAUCUAUAGGAUAUAAUAUUUGCAAAUUUGUCUUUGAUGCACAAAGCUAUAAUUAUGAGUUAGCUGUUUUCUGUUGUACACUCAAGUUUAAAAUUUUGGUAAGUUUCUAUUCAGAUUCCAUAUUUGUCUUCAUGUUUGUUCCUGAUUUUUUUAGAAUAAAAAAUACUUGUAAUGCUGUUCUUUAACCUAUUGACAUUUUCUAGUAAAACUAUGUUAUUGUUCUGAAGUCAACCUAUCUUUUGCACUCAGUGAGUUCUUUAGAUUGAAAAAACUAAACAAGAACCCAAAACAGUGUGGAACUGAAAGCCACAUUUUAUUCUUGCUCCUUAGUUUGUUUUCUGACCCCCACAUGAAGAAGUUUCACUAUAAUUGGAUAACAUUUGAUUUUGAUGUUAUAUGGAUGAUAAAAUGAGGACUAUAGAUGUGUGUAGUUAUAUACAAAGAGAAACAUGAGCCACAUACUCUAAUACUUAUCAUUUGCUAUAUCAUUGAUUGAUUUGAAUUUUGUCCGAAAAGGAGAAGUUGGCUUAUUUAAAGUGUAAAAUAAAAUUGACUGUACAAUACUUGCUUUAUAGGUAAAUAUUACUUUGGAAAUCUGCUGACCUUAAUGUUUUCACCAAACUUUGCCAGAACGCAUUGGUUAGAAUUGAAAUGUUUCAAGAAAGAUCACCACCGUUUUUGUUGUAGUUGAAUAUUAAAGGGCUUCAGUUGUUUGAGGUUUCUGUCCUGCCUGGUUCUGCAGUUAUUCAUUCCCAAAGAAUCACACAGAGGUCUACAUCAAUUAUAAACUUAUUGGCCCAGAAUCUCAGGCUCUACUUAUUAACUAAUUCUUUUUUUUUUUUUUUUUUGGAUUUUCCGAGACAUGGUUUCUCCGUAGCUUUUUUGGUUCCUGUCCUGGCACUAGCUCUUGUAGACCAGGCUGGCCUCGAACUCACAGAAAUCCACCUGCCUCUGCCUCCUGAGUGCUGGGAUUAAAGGCGUGCACCACCACCGCCUGGCUUAACUAAUUCUUAUAACUAAUAUUAGCCUAUAAUUCUUGUCUGUGUGGGCCACGUGCCUUGGUACCUUUUUUUGCGAGGCAGUCACAUCUUGCUUUCUCUGCAGCUGGGUCAUGACUGGAGACUGAGCAUCCCUCUUCCCAGAAUUCUCCUGUUCUCAUUGUCCCACCUCUGUUUCCUGCCUGGUCGCCCUGCCUAUACUCCAUGCCUGGCUACUGGCCAAUCAGCAUUUUAUUAUAAAUAAUAAAGUGACAGGAUAAGUGACCAUUGUCCCACAGCAUUCAUUCAUCCAGGAGAUCUAACUUCUGUUUUUCUCAUGAGUAGUAUCCAGUAAUUUGUAGUUUUGAGGUUGACUAAUAAUCUAAAGUGAUUUUUAUCCAAUUUAACACUUUGAGUCAUUUAUUUUUAAACAGUUCUAUACUUUGAGCAAGUAAAACUUGUCUGCUUCCAUUUUGAGAGAAGCUAAUUUCUGAUCAUUUUCUCUUCAGGCCUUCUCAACUCUCCUUUCUCAUCUGAUCACCCAGUCACAUGGAAAACACUUGGUAACAGUGGUCUUAUACCUUUAAAGGUAGACUUUAUUCCAUGAAAUGGAGGGAUGAGUGAAUUGUUUUCUAGUGUACAAAGGACUUUUUCCAGCAUUCUUUAAUUUCCAAUUUUUGUAAAAAGGGGUUCAUUUUUCUAAGUAAAGGAAAUUUUCAUACCUUUUUGGGAAAAAUUAACUUAUGACAGAAGAGUAUUAUAUGUUUAAAUGCUAAAACUUAACAUUGGUUCAUAACUUGCUAGACUGCCUUCCUGAGUAUUUCACAUUGUCUUACAGUACCAGUGCUAACUGUGCAGUCUGCACUGUGCCUGUUUUCUAACUUGUUUUAUUUUCUUUUUAAUCUCUUGAAGCACUUAUUGAGUAGUUUCAGUUGGAGGAUCAGGGAAGAGGUGAGGAGAAAGCACUUUUGUUUAGGGUGUGAUUCCCAUAGCAGAAUGCUGCCUAGCUCAGUUCAUCGUCAUACUUUGUUGACUUUAUUAUUUUUCCAGGUAAUGGAAAGACAAUAUAAUGAAUGGACACCGUGAAAACCAGCUCAAAAAUAUGUUGUCUAUAAAGAUUUUUUUGUCAAAAUGUUUGGAUUGCACUUUUGUUGAUGGAAGCCAGUGUAAAUACUUAAAGAAUGUUGGUAAAAUUGAAGCAUUUGGGUUAUGGAAUUGUGUGGUGUUAGAGGGUUUCUGUAUGUGAAAGGUAUGUAUUAAGAAUAAUAAAAUUUUAGAAAUGUUGAA